AUAAAUGUAAUUUAAUUUUUUUUUAAUAGGUAAUUUCACAAAGAUGAAGGAAGAAAAUGGACUAGAUUCUGCUCCAAAUGUAUCCAUUAAAAGAAAAGCUGAGGAUGAACAAGAGUCUCCUCCAAAACGUCAGAAGAGGAAGAAACAAAAAACUACAAGACCAAAAAAUGCUUUAAUGAGGUUAAAUGAAUUGAAACCAGGUUUGCAAUAUAUUAUAGAAUCACGAGAAGGUCCACCUCAUAAUCCUACAUUUGUUGUUUCAGUGGAAGUUUGUGGACAAAAGUUUACAGGUCGCGGCCAAUCCAAGCAAUUAGCCAAAUGUGCAGCUGCUCAAUGUGCUUUGGAUGAUGUUUGUGGAAGUGAUUUAACAGGUGAUAAUAUAGAAAAUGAAACUGGUGCUUUUAAUCAGUCUGAGGGAGGAAAAAAAAUUAAAAUGGAUUUAAGUAAAGAAGAAGCAGAAAAAAGAUUAGAAAAAAUUAAAACAGAAGCUGAGGAUAAGAAUCCAGUUAUGGUAUUAAAUGAAUUACAUCCAGGAAUUGAAUUUAUAUUAGUAAAAGAGAAUGUAGCUCUACCCGCACAAAGAUUUACAAUGAGUGUUGAAAUUAAUGGAACAACGUUUGAAGGGUCUGGUCCAAAUAAAAAAUUAGCAAAAGCUGCAGUAUCAAGAGUUGCUUUAAGCAGUUUAUAUAAUAUUAAUUAUAAUGUAACUUCAACAACAAGCCAAGGAAUUUUACCAGAAGAAUUUAUUUUCCCACAGUCAAUAGCAGAUAAAAUAUCUGAUGUAAUUCACAAAACAUUUCAAGAAGUGAUGGUCGACAAUGUUGAGUAUGCAAAAUGGAAAGUGUUGGCAGGAAUUGCCAUGACUUCAGACCCUGAAAUGAAUAAAAUAAAAAUCAUUGGUAUCAGUACUGGCACAAAAUGUAUUAAUGGUGAACAUAUCAGCAUGAAUGGUGUUUGUUUAAAUGAUUGUCAUGCAGAAAUCAUUUCACGGAGAUGUUUGAAAAAUUUCUUGUAUUACAAUCUAGAAAUGAUUUCAGCUGGCUUGAAAGAAGAUUCCAUAUUUAUGCCAAAUGAAAAUGGUGCUGGUUAUUGUCUUAAACCAAAUAUAAAAUUUCAUCUUUAUAUCAGUACUUCACCUUGUGGUGAUGCCAGAAUAUUUUCACCACACGAAGAAGCAACUUCUAAGAAUCCUGUUGAUCAUCAUCCGAAUCGCAAAACUAGGGGUCUUUUGAGAACAAAAAUAGAAUCUGGAGAGGGAACCAUUCCUGUCAAAAGUGGGGAUGCUAUCCAAACUUGGGAUGGCAUUAUUCAAGGUCAGCAACGAUUGUUAACUAUGUCAUGUUCAGACAAAGUUGCUGCUUGGAAUAUUGUUGGCAUACAAGGAGCACUACUAAGUUAUUUUAUUGAGCCUAUUUAUCUGGAAAGUAUUAUUCUGGGAAGCUUAUUCCAUCCUGGUCAUAUGCUUCGUGCCAUGUGGGGCAGAUUUGAAAAUUCUUUGGGUGAGUUGUCCAAACCUUUUAGUUUAAACAAACCUAAGAUGUGUUGCAUAACAAAUCCCGAAACACGUCAACUUUCAAAAUCACCAAAUUUUAGUGUUAACUGGAUUGUUGGAUUUGGAAAACCCGAAGUUAUCAAUGCGACUACAGGAAAAUUAGAAAAUGGCGAAUUUUCAAGAUUAAGUAAAAGAUCCUUCUUCGAACGUUACAGUGUGUUAUUUAGUAAAAUUUCAUCCGUCACAAAGAAAAAGACUAAGAAACCACCACAGUUAUAUUCUGAAGCCAAAAACUCUGCUCCCCAUUAUCAAGCAGCAAAAACAGAACUGCGAAAAGCAUUUAUGAAAGCAGGUUUAGGAACUUGGGUACAGAAACCAGAAGAACAAGAUGAUUUUGAUUUAAGUUAAACUUCUCCAUACAUUUCAAGAUAUAUAAAUAUAUAUAUAUAAAUACAUUAUAUUGUAUAUUUUAAAUCAGUCAUCUUUGAGUCUCAGUUGUAAAACUUUGUGAAAAUCAUCACAAGAAAUAGUUUUAUGGCAUUACUU